AUGGAAGAAUGGGUUGCUCAUUUGCCUCUGCUUGAGGCUCGGUCGCACUUCAAUGUGUCGCUCAACACCUCGGCCGUCAGCGAUACCUCGUGGACUUCGACAAAUUCGACAAGAGCCGUGAUCGCGAGCUUGCAGUUGGCCCAGGUACAAACGCUACGCACCAUGCACUUGGCUCUGGGCGUCUUCAGUCUUGCGCUUGCAUUAUCGACGGUCUACCGAAUCUUAUCAGACGCAAGGAGAGCGGCAGCACUACAAGUCACUCUCCGAAAGCAAAGGUUCAACUCCCUCCAAAACGUCCAUCCCGCCGAGACAUUUUCACUCGCGCUGGCUAGCGGUGUGGCCCUUUCGCAAAUUAUAUUCGUAUCAGUGCAGGGCACGACUCUCCAUAGUGUAUUAUCUAACAGCUGUCGAAUGCUGGCCAUGAUCACCUACCCUGCGAUCUUCGCCACGGGCUACAUCACACUCGUCUUCGGCAUCGAAACGGCCCUUCGGUCCUUCAAGCAAGAGCGUUUCGCGCCUCGAGGAAAGUGGAAUACAAUACUAUGUAUCUUCACGGUGGCUUUCUUCCUCGUUCUGACCUGGAUACCGACAAUUGCAUGGCCCAUGUUGAACAGGUGUUUUGGCAGUCUGAUUUUCUUCAUAAUGCGCUACGACCUCCUGACCCUCGUCCUCCUCGUCAUUCUGGUCUCAUUUCUUCUGCUGUUGGCCGCCAUCAUCAGCGUCCAGCUUAUGCGAAAUGCUGAAGUGGACCCAAACGAGCGCAUUGCGGCAUCGAGGAUGUGCUACUACCUACUUUUGACCGCAGUCAUCUACAUCCUGGUCAUUCCCGUUGAGGUCCAGACUCUCCGGGAGGACUUCGACAGUGCGCUUGGAGGCUCUAGGUUCGCAGAAACGUCUCUUUUCUCCUCCGGUAUGAUCAUCUCGUUCUUCCACCUCUUCCUCCGCACGAACGCGAACCGAAUGAUGAUUCGACCGAUUGGAGAGACGAGAGCGCAGUCGAAAAAGCAGCGACCGAAGCUCCGCUUAUUUGGCCCCAGUGAUCUAGAAAUGAACAUCAGCGGACCCCUCGCACUACAAGGUGGACAUCGUCCAGACAGCAGACAAGGCCUGAUCGAUGUUGGCCCGGAGAAGAACCGCUUCGACUUCGACUCAGAGUACUUUCAACAACCAGAAAGAGCAAUGACACCGGGAUCGAAACUUCAAAGCCCAAUCGACCUUGCAAAAUGGCCACUUCCCCCGGACAUGGACGAGCUCGACGAGGAGACGCGAAAAGGCCAGGAGCGGAACAAAGCAAGUUAUUCGGUCUUCCCAACCCGGGCUGAGGAUGUCCCUCGCCUUCCUGCCACCGUCUACAACCCGUCGAAAGCCAACAAGGGCGAAUCUAGGGUAUCAAAGCUUGCGAUGCGUCGAUUCAACCGCCGAAGCUCCGUCACAGAUGUCGGUCAAGCGUUCGACUCAAUGGCCAAGCCAAGCCCGUUCUUCGCCAAGGGCAGGAGUCGCCACGCCAGUACAGAUAGCAGUGCAACCGUACAGAUUGGGCUUCGCUUCUCGCUAGCACCCGCGACACUUGCAGCCGUCAAGUACAUGUCGCCCACCGCCCCCAAUCUCCCCAGACUAGACCGCAGCAACACGGAGACGAGCAACGAAAGUCUGGAUCUUCCUCUGCAAGCCCCCUCACCGACCGCAAAUGCCGACGAAGUCCUCAAGCCCGCGGUAUUUUCUCCACCCACUCAACGCACACUGUCGCCUGGGAAACCGAGCCCAGCCCGGACACCAGCGUUUCCCCUUACACCCUCGCAGAACAGCAGCGCCUACCUCCAGGCUCAGCGCGCGAAAGUGCUGCCGCCCGCACCUGCCGUCCAAACCGAACCUCGGCUCCCUGCACCCGCGGUGAUGAGCGGGCUUCGUAUGAACCCAGUGACACCGGCAGCUUCGGUCGCAGCCAGUUCACCGACCACCACCUCUCCCACAUGGAGACCGACAACACCGGGGCCAACAACGCCUGUAGCCUCCCUUGCCGCGACUCUUGUGCGCUCCAACAGCGGGAGGUCGGCCGCGUCUCCGUCGCCUACCGCCAGGAUCCCACUUGGCCAAGGCACCAUGUCGCGCAGCCCGCCGCCCAAUGGGUGGCUCUAG